UUAUCUGAACUUUGCAACAGAUUCUUCAGACACUGAAAUUGUAAUGAUGACAGGCCUUGCGCGUCCAGUGUACAUCGUAGCGGCUAAGAGAACCGCGUUUGGCUCAUUUGGAGGAAAACUUAAGGGUGUAACGGCUACUGUGAUGGGACAACAUGCCGCUGUUGCUGCGAUGGAAGCAGGAAAAGUCGAUCCAGCUAUUGUGGACUCGUCUGUGUUUGGUAACGUUAUUCAGAGUGCAUCAGAUGCAGCUUAUCUCUCAAGACAUAUUGCUCUGAAAGCCAAUGUUCCUGUUUCAACCCCAGCUUUAACUUUGAACAGACUCUGUGGUUCAGGUUUCCAGGCAGUUGUCACAGCAGCACAAGAGAUUCAGUUGGGUGAAAGUGACGUUGUCUUGUGUGGAGGCUCAGAGAACAUGAGUCAAGCACCAUAUGCCCUUAGAGAUGCUAGAUUUGGAACAAAAUUAGGUCUUGACUUAAAGCUUGAGGACACUCUGUGGCAAGGUUUGACAGAUUUUCAUGCUAAAAUGCCUAUGGGUGUCACUGGAGAAAAUCUCGCUGAAAAAUAUAGUAUCACAAGGCAAGACUGUGACGAGUUUGCUCUGCUAUCUCAAAAAAGAUGGGCUGAAGCUCAUGCAGAUGGCCGAUUUGUUGAAGAGAUUGUUCCUGUGACUGUGAAAGGCAGGAAGGGACCGGAGGAAUUUAAGGUUGACGAACAUCCCAAGCCAGACAGUACUAUAGAGCAGCUGGCAAAGUUAGCACCUGUGUUUAAAAAAGAUGGAACAAUCACUGCUGCCAAUGCUUCUGGUAUCUGUGAUGGGGCUGCAGCACUCAUUUUAGUCAGUGAGAAAGCCCUGAAGGAACAUAACUUCACCCCUCUAGCAAGAAUUGCUUCAUAUUCUGUUGCUGGUGUAGAGCCAUCGAUCAUGGGAAUAGGUCCUGUCCCAGCUAUCAAAGCAGCCCUCAAUAAAGCUGGAAAGAGUCUACAAGACAUGGCUCUUGUUGAGGUGAAUGAAGCAUUUGCACCCCAGUUUCUUGCAGUUCAAAGGGAGCUUGACCUUGACAUGGACAAGACAAAUGUAAAUGGAGGAGCAAUUGCCUUAGGGCACCCUGUAGGCACCUCAGGAGCAAGAAUUACAGGGCACUUAGUGCAUGAGCUGAGACGGAUUGGUGCUAAGUAUGCUGUUGGGUCUGCAUGCAUAGGAGGUGGUCAAGGAAUCGCUGUGGUUCUUGAAAAUGCUCAAUGAGUUAAACCUUUGCAGUUCAAGUGGAAAAGAGACUUUCAGUAAUAUAUUUUUUUUUUGUGGAGUUUUUAUGAAGACAAAUAUUUUUGCUCUGAAAGAGCAUAUGAAUGUGAAGGUUUGCAAAAAACAAAUUGGCAAGUGCUAAUGAGAUAUUUUGGCUUGCUGGCUUCUUCAAAACUUUAGGUAUUGAUAUUUAAUUUAUAAGCCGCAGAAAUCAUUUGUCAAAAACCUUUCCAGUCUGAAGUGGAGUUAGUUAUUACUCACUUUAUUGCUUGGAAAAAACACCUCAACUCUCCACCUAGUUAAUGAGGAUUGUUUCCGGUAUCAUUUCUUCAGCAUAAAUAGAAUUAGAUUUUGAAUUGAACUUGCAUUAUUUUCAUUCAAAAACUGUGUUUAAUUUUAACCUUUGUCAACUUUGAGCUGUUGAAUCAAUCAGUGGAAACUGUCAAAAAAAAGUCAUGAAUUAAUAUAAUUUCACUGUUAAUGAGCCUCUGCAGCACAAAGAAGACAAGUGUUGUGUUUACCACUUUCAAAUGGGAAUAAAAUGAAUCAAAGUCAGUUUUGAUAUACAAA